GCUGGUGGAAAGAGCGAAAGAAACGAGGUGGUGGAUGGUUUUUUGUUGUUUUUUUAAGGAAGUAAAGGGGGGUGAAAAGUUGAGUUGGAAAGAAAAGUGGGAAGAAAAAUUGCGGAAACAAACUGGGCAGGUUUCUCCGAGGUUGUUGGGGAAAACAAAUACUUCUUCCUGGACGAAAUUAUGAGCUGGGAUUUGCAAUGAAAAAACAAUGGGGCCCUUUCUCAGCCCCUGCUGGUUUUGUACGGGGCUCCUCUUGGUUUCUGUCUGUCCAGCCGUUUGGAGUACACAAGUCUGCACAGGGACAGAUAUGAAGCUGCAGCAUCCUUCCAGCCCAGAAAACCACCAUGCUACCCUCCGUCGGCUCUAUGAGCACUGUCAGGUUGUGCAAGGCAACUUGGAGAUCACACAUUUGCCAGCAGAUGUGGACAUGUCUUUUCUCAAGGACAUCAGAGAGGUCCAGGGCUAUGUACUGAUUGCCAAGAACCAUGUACGUCACUUGCAGCUGGAAAAUCUCCUGAUCAUUCGUGGGACCCAGCUGUACGAGGAGAAGUAUGCCCUGGCUGUCCUUGACAAUGCCGACAUCAGCGGAGAUGUGGGGCUGUGGGAGCUGGGCAUGUUGAAACUGACAGAGAUCUUGAAAGGUGGGGUGAUUAUAGAAAGGAACCCACAGCUGUGCUUCCAGGAGACCAUUUAUUGGGAAGCCAUCUUCCACAAAUACAAUUUGCACAAUGACACAUUGAUCAGCAGCCACCGUCUUAGGACAUGCCCUGACUGUAGCGGAAUCUGCCCCAAUCUCCAUUGCUGGGGAGAAGCAAAAGAGAGUUGUCAAAUAUUGACAAGCAGAAUCUGUGCCAGCAGCUGUCCGAGGUGCAAGGGGGAACGCCCAACAGAUUGUUGUCACGAGCAGUGUGCAGCCGGCUGCAUGGGACCCAAACACUCUGACUGCCUGGCCUGUCUGCACUUCAACCACAGUGGAAUCUGUGUACUGCAUUGCCCAUUAUUCAUAAAUUACAAACCAGACACCUUUGAGGCUUUGAACAAUCCAGAUGGGCGCUACACUUUUGGAGCAACUUGUGUCACUGAAUGCCCUUAUAAUUACUUGGCUGCAGAGGUCGGCUCCUGUACUUUGGUGUGUCCUCUGAAUACCCAGGAAGUGAGUGUGGGCACCAUGCAGAAGUGUGAGAAAUGCAACAAACCCUGCCCAGGAGUCUGCUAUGGCUUGGGAAGGGAGUUCCUGAAAGGGAUUCGUGCUGUCAGUGCAUCCAACAUCCACCACUUUGCCGGCUGCACCAAGAUCUUUGGCAGCUUAGCCUUUCUGCCGGAGACCUUUGCAGGGGAUCCUUCCACCAAUACCCCACCCCUGGACCCUGAGCAGCUUAAAGCCUUUGAGAACCUGAAGGAUCUAACAGGCUUCUUAUACAUUGAAUCGUGGCCAGAAACCCUCUCAAACUUGAGCGUCUUCCAGAAUCUUCAGGUGAUCCGGGGACGAGCGCUCCACAAAGGAAUCUAUUCCCUAACAUUGCAAAACCUCAAUAUCACUUCGCUGGGCCUUCAUUCACUGCAAGAAAUCAGCAGCGGAAUGGUCCUUAUCCAUCACAACCCCAACCUUUGCUUAAUCCAAAGUGUUCCUUGGGGAGACAUCUUCAGAAAACCCCGGCAGACACUGUUCCAGAAUGACAACAACCUGGCUGAACAGUGUGAGCUCAAAGGCCAUGUUUGCUCCUCCCUGUGUGCCAAUGGGCAUUGCUGGGGACCAGGGCCAACUCAAUGUGUGUCCUGCAGCCGCUUUCUGCGUGGGAAGGAAUGUGUCAAGAACUGCAGCAUUCUGGAGGGAGAUAUUCGGGAAUACAUCAACGGGACCCAGUGCUUUUCAUGUCAUCCAGAGUGCAUGCCCCAAAAUGGGACAGAGUCCUGCUAUGGAUCGGAGGCCGACCAGUGUGUGGCUUGUGCCCAUUACAAAGAUGGCCUCUCCUGCGUGGAGCGGUGUCCCAGCGGUGUGAAGGUUGAUGGCUCUUUUGUACCCCUCUGGAAGUACUCUGAUGAACAAGGCAUCUGCCAGUCCUGCUCAAGCAAUUGCACCCAUUUGUGUGUGCUUCGGGAUGAACGUGGCUGCCCUGUGGAUCAGAAACCCGGCCAGGCUACAUCCAUCAUCGCUGGGGUGGUGGGCGCUGCGCUCGCUCUGGUUCUGUUGUUGCUUAUCAUCAUUUGCAUCAACCGGAGGAAGCAGCAGGAGAGAAAACAUACCAUGCGGCGUCUUCUCCAGGAGACCGAGUUGGUAGAACCGUUGACGCCCAGCGGAGCCCUGCCGAACCAGGCUCAGAUGCGCAUUCUCAAGGAGACGGAAUUGAAAAAAGUCAAGGUUUUGGGGUCAGGUGCUUUUGGAACAGUGUAUAAGGGUGUUUGGAUUCCAGAUGGUGAGUGUGUGAAGAUCCCAGUGGCUAUCAAAGUCUUGCGGGAAAACACCUCACCCAAAGCCAACAAGGAGAUUUUGGAUGAGGCCUACGUCAUGGCAGGUGUGGGCAGCCCAUAUGUCUCACGUCUACUGGGAAUCUGCCUCACCUCCACGGUGCAGCUAGUGACUCAGCUCAUGCCUUAUGGCUGCCUGCUGGACUACGUGCGGGAGAACAAGGACCGCAUUGGAUCCCAGGACCUACUUAAUUGGUGUGUGCAGAUAGCAAAGGGUAUGAGCUACCUGGAGGAUGUCCGCCUGGUCCACCGGGACUUGGCUGCCCGGAACGUCCUGGUGAAGAGCCCAAACCAUGUGAAGAUCACGGAUUUUGGCUUGGCCCGACUGCUGGACAUCGAUGAGACAGAAUACCAUGCUGAUGGAGGGAAGGUGCCUAUCAAAUGGAUGGCACUGGAGUCCAUCUUGCGCAGACGAUUCACCCACCAAAGUGAUGUGUGGAGCUACGGAGUUACUGUAUGGGAGCUGAUGACUUUUGGUGCCAAGCCAUAUGAUGGCAUCCCAGCCCGAGAAAUCCCCGAUCUGCUGGAGAAAGGAGAGAGGUUGCCCCAGCCUCCCAUCUGCACCAUUGAUGUCUACAUGAUCAUGGUGAAAUGCUGGAUGAUCGACUCGGAAUGCCGGCCCAAGUUCCGAGAACUUGUCACGGAGUUCACGCGUAUGGCGAGGGACCCACAGCGUUUUGUGGUCAUCCAGAACGAUGAUAAGAUGGGUCUAGCCAGCCCCAUAGACAGCACUUUCUACCGCACUUUGCUAGAAGAGGAAGACAUGCAAGAUCUGGUGGAUGCAGAAGAGUACCUCGUCCCCCACCAGGGUUUCUUCAGUGGUGAGGCAUCAGCCGACUAUCGAUCUAGGAUUCCUUCAACCAGAAGUGCCACAGAGACCCAAAUGGAUGCAGAAGAGACUGAGGAAUCAGCUCAGUAUCCCUAUUUGGGCUCAUCUCUCUCCGAAGAGCCAGAAAGUGUCAACCCUGACUUGCUUGAGGAGGAUUGUGCAGUAAGUAAGGCAUUGCAGAAGCCGGCACUGCUGCAGGAGCCUGCCACUCUGCAGCGUUACAGUGAAGAUCCCACCAGCGCCUCUGUGAAACAGAAUGAAAGUCUGGAUGCCAAGAGCUGCAGUUCACCUGAACCCUCUGGUGUCAUUCCAGAGUAUGUGAACCAGCCAGAGAGCAGCCUUUCACUCAACAAAAGCCUUCGACCACCAGGUUCCACCCUGGGAAAGCCAAAGGGCCACUUGGGCAAGAACGGGCUCAUCAAGGAACCAAAUAAUGCCUUCCAGAACAGCUUCUCCAAUGUGGUGGGAAACCCAGAGUACCUGACGCCAUGCCCCCUCCCUGUGGCUGGCCCUUUGCCACAAGCCUUUGACAACCUCUAUUAUUGGAAUCAGGAGACUCCCAAGAGCAACCCAUCAGAAUUCUUUGCCACCUCUGUGGCUCCUGCUAUCACCACUAACAGCUUCACCACAACCCCGACGGCGGAGAACCUUGAAUACCUCGGCCUAGCCGAAUCAGUCACUCGUUCCAAGGAUUUUCCGUGAGGGCCAUUCCCAUCUUCCGUGAAAUCGGUUUUCACUUUCAAGGCAGCUCAGGACACAAACUAAUGAACUAUUAAUGCAUGUAAGAUGAGCAGGAUUCACUAAGGCCUUAAAACCUCUCUUGAGGCUGAGCUGAUCUGUUCCUGUUCCUCCGUUUAGCAGUUGGGCUGAGGCACGUAUCAGCAGAAGGUGGAUUUGGGUUUACUGGUGGAUCUCUAGGUGACUUCCAGUAGCUUGUCAAGAACUUCUGACACCUAAUUGUUAACAAUGGCAGCAACAACAUGACCUCCUCCUUCCUUAAAUUAUACUGCUGAAAUGAAGAAAGCUUGGGGUGACCCAAUUUUUUAUUUUAUUUUUUUGGUCUGGAAGGACUGUGGGAGCCAUCCAGAACAAAUUCUUGGGCUCAGAAUUCUUUAAUGCGAAUUGUAUGUCUUUUGCACCAAGCUCCAAUUGGUGGAUCUUGCCGUACUAAUCAGUAACGCACACCACAGAGUCAGUUCUGCAAGUCCACCCCUGGGAGAAGGCACUUUGUUUGUGACAAUUGCCUGUCCUGCAAAUCAGACAACCCAACAGUCAUUUGACACACAAACAAAAUGGAGUGCUCUCUCACUUUUCACUUCCUCCCUGUCCUUGCCUCUCUAUUCUUUGGAUUACAAGAAAAGAGGAUCAGACCACUGAUUGAAUUACAAAGUUAAUAGUUGCAAUUAUUAUACUUUUCUUUUUUUUAACUUGAGGACCUUCAUAUUGGAGUUUUGACUGAUGGGGGAAAAUACCAUGAGGUUGUGUGUGUUUUUAAAAAAGUGAGGGCAAAGUGUGGGUGUCUCUCAGAACUUAUGGUGCAUUUCCUGUUGUUGGUUGCUUAAUCACCUUGGUAAAAAGGGAAUGUUCUUUCUCUAUUGAAGCAUUAGAAAAGUCUUGUCCUUCCAAGAGGUUAUAACAAAAUAUUUUUUGGUGAGGUUAAACAAAACAUCUUGACAGAGUCUGCACAAGAAGAGAAGAGAAAACAAUUUUGCAUUUUGGCAAAAGACACUGUGGUGACUUUUUGUUGCCCUCUGAAUAUCUCUAGAAGAUUCUAGAAGAACCAGCUGAAGAACUAAAACCAGCUUCAUUUUGUGGCAUGGGCAGUUUGGCAAAUGUUCUGCUACAAACUGAGAAGAAUAGUUGCACAUCAUAGUUCAGGAGAGAAUAAGUUUGGAGGAUCUUUCUUAAAUAACCUAUUUUUAGUGCUUGUGAUUUUCUAUGUUGAGACAAUGGACAAAAAGCCAAAGCAGCUAAUAUGGUUUUUUCUCUCUCCAGUGAGUGGGAACAAUCAAGUUGCACCAUGAAAACAAUAUGCAAUCUUUACCAGCAUUCUGGGAAUAUUUAUUGUGUUAAAAUAGGAUAGGGUUGUGUGUAUGCCACCAUCACAUUGGAUGGCAACAAAACCACAGAAUGUACUAGUGGGUGCCAAAUUUAGCUUCAUGGGAAACUUGGUUUUUUAAAGGCAGAAAAUGUCUAGCCUUUUUGGUGGCAAAUAUAUAUGCUUGAAAGUAUGUGGCUCAUGCCAGCUGAAAUCUCAGAAGCUACUGAGGCAUCUGCAUAAGAUUUCCAGAGAUUGGGGUGGUGCUUCAGGGCUCUGCAUAGCUCCUUGCCCCUCCCCAUUUCAGGUAAAACAGCUGAAAUUGCAGAAUAAAUUAUGCAAAAUAAGAAAAAUUAUGCAAAGCUGCUGAAAUCUGUUUAAUUGAAUACAGGUCACAAAAUGAAAUUUUUAAAGGUACAUAAUAUAGAAAGCCCUAAAGUAGGGCAUGACGCUAAACUUUACUCUCGAAGAAUUAACCACUAAGGACUGUAGAUUUUAUUUGAAGCUCGUUUGAUACCUUUCAAAUUUCGCCUGCCCUUCCUUCACUAUCACUAAAAUGUUUUUCACCUCCAUGGUCCUGUUUUUGGCCUUCUGGUCUUGAGAAUUCUUGCCCUUGUGGAUUUAUUUUUUUUAAUUUGGAAUCUGGCCAUGUAGCAAUCACCUAUUCCUUUUGGAUGAGGUCUAUAAGCAAUAGCAAUGAUAAUCUUUUGGUUGCCAAUAAGGAUAUCAAAACUGGAAACAAGGUGGAUGUGACCAACUGGGACGUUCUCCUGGCCAAGACGGCCUUUCUUUUCCGUGGGCCUGCACAGGAAAGCUUCCCAGUGGAUUGUGCCCCAUUGUUAGUUUCUGCAUGUUAUGUGGUUUG